CAUAUGGAGGAGAAACAUGGCAGAGACGGCGUUUUCGGAAGACGGAAAAUAUUUUUCUGCUAUCAGCCAAGACGGUAGAUUGAGAAUAUGGGACACGGAGACUAAUGUGCUGAAGCAGGAGUAUACGCCUGACCUGCAUUUGACGUCGCCGCCUUCUUGUUUACAAUGGAUAUCCGUCGCACAAUCAGUGACUCCUCAGAAAGACGGGCGACGAAAAUCAGUCUCUGGGGACCAAGAAAUUCAGUGUAUAGCCUUAGGAACAACCAGUGGGAAGAUCUUAAUAUAUUCUGUGGCCCAGGCGAAGGUGGAAACAGUUCUUGAAGAGAAAAAUAACGAAAUAAACAGAAAUUGUAUAACAGCUCUAGAUUGGAGUAAAAAAUAUGGCCUGUACAGUUGUAAUAAGGAGAGUUUGGUUUACGAGUGGAAUUUACAAAGUACAACAGUUAGGAAUAAGUACAAUGUGAACAUAGAAAAUAAGAAUAAGCAAGUAUGUAGUGUAAGUGCUAUCAAGAUAAUACCACACAACCAGAAUUCCCCGGCCAGAUUUCUGGUGACAGCGUCAACACAGAUCCGCAUAUGGCGGCUGCACGGCGAAGACGCGGACCUUGUCAAGUGUCUUGGACACAAUGCUGCUCCGAAAGCACUGCUCGCCUUGGCUGGACUGAACAACAGUUGUUGGCUGGUCGAGGGUUCACAAAACGAACGUCUGCUCUCGUUCUGGGACGUUACCAUCACCGGGGAGCUCCUGCCUCAAGUGAACGGUGGAGACACAACACCAAACAGAAAGAAAAGAAAGAAAUCCACAUCAGCACCAAUCACCAUACCCACUCCAGUGUACAACUUUGUUCUUGAAGAUGCUCCGAAGCAGUUGGAUGUCGCAGUGAGUUCCGAAGAGAACGGGACCAGGUUGUGCUUGGCAGCUGUCACGAGGAGUGGAGUUGUACAUUAUUACGGACAUAUGUUGAACGGGGCGUCGUCGAAGCCCAUCAAGCCGUCGGUGAGCCUGCAGGUGACGAGCCCGGGCGCGCGGCCGCGGCCGCUGCGGGCCGCCCGCCUGCUGCCCGCCGCGCUGCUGCUGGCCUACGACCACGACACGCGGCGCGUGUUCGAGAGGCUGACGCCAGAUUUAUCAACAAAGACACAAGUGUUAAUCCGCGGCGAAGAGAAGGAGAGCAAAAAGAAACAGAACAAGCAGAGUCAGAAAGAGAAGCAAGAUGCGGGUGACGUCACAUAUGUCGAACCCAUGGGCGGUGUCAGUCGAAAGCGGACCACGCCGGGGGCCACGGUGGAGGUCCCGAUGGAGCAGCGGCUGGCCAACCUGACGGUGGACCUCAGCACCCGCGGGCGGGCGCCCGUCAGCCACAACCUCACCAAGCUCCUCGUGCAGGGUCUGCACUCUAACGACAAGAAGUUGAUCCUGUCGGUGCUGCAGACCAACAAGGCGAGCGUGGCGCAGCAGACGGUGUCCGCACUGCCGGCCGCGCUGCUGCCGCGGCUGCUGCUGCAGCUGGCCGACAUGGCCGCCAGGAGGACCAGCCAAUGUGCGGCGGUUUGCACGUGGCUAUCUGCCCUGCUACGCUGCCAUGCCGCGUUGUUGUUGGCCGCGAUGCACGCCAACACGGGCACGCAGCUUACACACCUACUGGCUAUAUUCACUAACAGGCGCUCGCAUCUGUGCCAGCUGCUCAACCUGAAGGGCCGCCUGGAGCUGACCAUGGCGCAGCGCGCGCCCGCCGACCAGCAGCUGCAGCAGGACCCUGUGCUCGAGUACAAUGAUUCAUCAUCAGAAGAGGAGAUGGAAGUGGAAAGGGCAGCAUCGGAAUCGGACAAUGAACAGUCCUGGGGCGAAGGCAGCGACGCUAGUUCCGUGGACGAGUGACAAAUACACUGUUAUCAUUAC